ACGAGCUUCUCUCACCGGCCUCCAUGCAGUACAGCCUGCCCUCCCCGCUGGGCGCUGAGCCUUACUGGCAGGAAGUCUCCAGUCUGGACUGUGCACCUAUUGCCACCACAGAAGAAGACACCCUCAUGGAGAUGUCUGAUGUGCAGGUGUGGCCAACAGGCAACAGCCCUUCCCUGGUGCCUGUGGAGGAUUCCUCGCUGGAGUGCAGCAAUGCUGACGAUUCAGAGGGCCUCCUGGGGCUGCCGUACGGAAGUCUGGGUCGGCCGGCCAGUCAGGCCAGCGCAGCCAGCGGAGGGGGUGGGGUGCUGAGUGGAUCCAUUGAGCUGCCCGAAGACGAUUCAGAGAUGGGCGUUGAGUCGCUCAGCACUGCAACACCAGCCUCGCUUGUGGGCACCAUCGCCGGGAUCAAUCUUAACGGGCUGAACAAUUGUCAGAGGUCAGGGGCAAGUUCGGAGAUAUCAGCAGUCACAAGUACGGCUGGCGGAGAUGGAGCUGGAAGAAGAGGAGGAGGAGGAAGAGGAGGAGGAGGGACGGGCUCAGAGGAAGGGCUUUCUCUUGUUGCAGGACAGCAAAGGGUGUAUGCUCGGCUGAGUGAGUCACCUGGUCUGAGCUGUGUUGCAGACCGGAAUGGAGACAGGUCAGGUAAUGGUGGAAACGGAGGUGGUGGAGGCUCUUUCCUUUCCUACCUGCAGGAACAGUCAGGCCCGGGGUGGAUCCCUGUCACUGACCCUACACAGGCCUGGGUGGGCACGCAACCUAAACCCAGGCAGGCCAUGGAAGGCAUGAUAUCGUCAGUAUGUAACGCUGUGGGUGGAGACCCGUCCCACAUGUCCCAGGAGGCCUUACUUCAGCCGGUGAGGGACAUGGGGCACUCGGAGAUCUUACGAGGGCACUUCAGAGGUACCCAGCCAUUUGAGAAGGGUUUGGGCUUCCCGCACAGGGUACCAGAGCUGAGGGCCUGGGAUGACGUGCGCCUGAAGGGCCAGGGCGAUGAGGUUGAAGAUCUUCCUGGGGAGCAUGUAAGCGAGGAACAGUUCACAGAUGAACAUGGAAACAUUGUCACAAAAAAGAUUGUGCGUAAGGUUGUGCGCAGAGGGAAGGGUUCAGUUGAGGAGGGGGUUCAGGAGGAUGGUUCUCUGCAGGACGACAACGAGCUGGAGCUUGAUGCAGAGCAGUUCAUGAGCUACGCCAUCCUGGGCCGGGACAGCAGCAAGCCCGAUUCUGUGGAUGUGAAGAAAGGUGCUCAGAUAGUGAAAUGUGCCAGUCUGCGGAGAGUUAAGCAAUGAGGCAGAGUGAGUGCUGCGUCCCUGCAGAGUUCUCCACAGGAUUCAACCACUUCACCAAAACCAUCCUACAUGGACACAUGACCAGCAGCAGCUGACAGGAGGAAGAACACACAUUAAAAGGCAAACAGACAGAAAUGAACGGCAACGCCACAACCAUAGCGGCUUUGCCGACUAUCAGCACGCACUGGAAGAGAAGGAUACAGAAUUACUCGUAGUUUUUAUUACCUUUUUUUUUUUAAAGAAACUGUGGGAAAAAAAUACAUCUACUACUAGGCUAGAAGCAUGAUUUCGUAUAAAACAAAAACCAAACACAAAAAAAAAAAUACUAGCAACCAAAAUGUGCUUCCUGUUAUCUGUAUCAGCAUGAGUGACUGCUGCUGCAUGGCCUGUCUUUAACUACAAAUACUGAGGGAAUAUAGGGGUGGGGAGGGAUGGGGAGGACACACUGCUGUAUGGGACAGGCAUGCAAUGUUGGGUAUGGUCAAUAACUGGCCCGUUUUUAAACCAACGGGUGAAAACUUCAUCAGUCAAACUUAAGAAAAGGGGAAACUAAAAUACUGAGAAAUACAUAAUCUCUAGGCAACAGGUUACUCCACCUCCUCUCUGCCACACUCUUCCAGCUAAGAGCCCCCAAACUAGUUUUAAACCUGUCCCAGUGCUCUCAAAGUCCAGUAAAGCUACAAUUAUCACCCAAGGAUAUCAGUGUUGUACAUAAUAUCGUAUGCACUAAAAUGCUCUACGUGACUGUGUGUUACGUGUGUUGUUUAUGUUUUAAGAUCCUUAUGCGAUGCCACUGAUGCUGCUGUUUCAGGUACAUAAGAAAUUAUUCCCCGUUUUUCUUGUUUGGUUUGUUCCGUCGGUCUGAACCUAUAUAUUAUUCUAUAUAUCCUGAGAUCUUUGUGGGUACAAGAACAAGCAAAUGUCGUGUCGCUAUGCCUGUUUUUAAACGUUGCAUUUUUGUGUGUCAGGUUGUCUUUGUGCUUUUCAUGUGCUUCAACCCUUUUGCUUUUGACAUGUCAAACUGUAGAGGGAAGACAUACUGUAGGUCAGUUAACUGUACUGUGGGGUUUUCGAGCUUUGGGAGGCUGGUUUCUGCAGUGAACCUGCCUCCCUAACCUUCCCUCAGAGUGGUUUGCCUUGUGGAGAAGGUGAAAAAGAGAUUUAUGAUGAGGGACAGAUUAACCUACUAUCCCACUCCUCCGCCUUUUCUUGUCCCCAGUGUGCCGUAAAUGUGAGGUUUCUGUUAAUCAGGUGUCUAUCUGAACCAAAACCACAAUACCCUUACCCUAAAUCUUGCCCUUAAAGCCCUACCUCUCCCCCCUCCAGUCAGCCUCUCAGAGUAGAUGUAGCAGUCCUGUCCUCCUCCAGCAGGGGGCAGGAUCUCACAUUCAGCUCGUAGCAGUGCGUGUUUGACCUCAUCAUGCAGUAUUUGACACCACCACACAUAAGGUGCACUUAUAGACCAUCUCACCCCCACCAGUAGAUGUCCCUUGAUGAGAGUAAAGUCACUGAAAUGCUGGUAAUAAUGUAGCACACUGGUUUGACUGGGAAACAGAGUUAGCUGGAGAAAGGAAAGUGUUGGAUCGAGGGUCGAGGACGUGUUGAGCUUUCAUGUUUGUCUCCUUGUUUGGAAAGUAGCAAAGACAGUCAGUCGCCAAUCACUGUGAUGAGAAACUGUAAUACUGACCCGCAACUGUGAGCCUGACCCCUCCCAAAGCAUGUCUCUCGCUUCACUCCUUUCUUUGGUGUUAUGUCUUUUUUUGUCAUGAUUUACUGUCUUAACUGUACAUCAGAAGAAGCAAUAACUGCUUAUGAAAGGAAAGGAUUGUUUGUGUGCAUGUGUUUGAGUGACAGAGAGGAUUUUACGAUCGCAGAUCAUGUUCUUCCAAAGCUCAGGCUUACAAUCUUUUAAUCACAGCUUUAUGCUACUCCUCACUCCAUGCAGAAUGAUGUCAGUACAUUAGUAUUCUACAUUUCAUCACCUUGCAACAUUAUAAUAAACUGACUAACACUGGGCACAUAUUGGUAUGGCCUCGUACCAGCUGACCCAUC